UAGUGACGUCAGACUUGGGUCACAGUGAAGUCACAUGAGGCGUAAUAAAAUGUCGAUCUCGCUUUUGCAGAUUUUCAGUAAGAUAUUACUAUUAAACAAGGUAAUAGCGAGUUAAUCGAUAGUUUGCCAGAACGAUAAAAACAUGGACGAGGACGGUUUACCGAUUGUGGGAUCAGGAAUAGAUCUGACCAAGGUCCCAGCCAUACAACAGAGGAGAGUCGUUGCCUAUCUCAACCAGUUCAUAGUGCACACUGUCCGCUUUCUCAAUCGUUUUUCGACAGUUUGCGAAGAGAAACUUGCAUGCAUAUCUCUUCGGAUACAGCAGAUUGAAACUACCCUCAGCAUUUUGGAGGCAAAGCUCUCCUCUAUUCCUGGUUUGGAGGAUGUCAGGGUGGAGGGUGUUGGUCAGCGGCAAGCUACAGAGGUUAAUGGUCCAGUCGCAGUUGUGGUCCCAAGUCAACCAGAGACCCCUACAGCUGUGGCUGUGCCAUUGCCACCUCCUGAGGCUUCUCCAAACAUAACAGAACCAAGAGCAGCAGAGGCAGCAGGAGACAGUUGGAUGACUGUGGCCAAGGACCCACGCUAUGCCAGAUAUCUCAAGAUGGUGCAAGUGGGUGUUCCAGUUAUGGCGAUAAAGAAUAAAAUGGUCCAGGAAGGUUUGGAUCCCAACCUGCUUGACACACCAGAUGCACCUGUGCCUGAUGCCGUCAAAAAGAAAACACUGGAUCACGAUGAUGACAGUGACGAUGGCAGUGAGUCAUCUUUCAGCGAUUGAUCUGCUGCCUAUAGGGAACUUCCUUCCCUGUCAUCUGUGCUCCGGGCCUUUUCCACUGUGCUGCUGCAGGGGCACAGAAGGGCGAGAUGCCAGUGUGUGCUUGACAGGCAGAACUACAGUGCUACCAGACAGAAAGUCCCACUUCUGUGGAAGGGAUCUGCAGGGAUGCAUGGGACUUACAAAAACAGGCAGAUUGUUAAGUAGCUGAAAUCGCAUUGUAGAUUGAGUGAAUGUCAACGAGAAAGAGCUGAUAAUGUCUAUGUCCAGGUCAGCCACUGAUCUUAUGAAUGUUAUAUUUUUGUUUCCAUUUCUUCUCCUGAAACAUUUGAUUGGACAUGGUGUGUCUUUAUUUACAUAGUUUAGCAGUAAAACCGAUGGCAUGACAACCAUGGAAAGUACUAACCAGAUAGUCGAUUAGUAAUUGACCAUUAUUUUCUUAAGAUUGCACUGGGCAAACAUGCCUCUGCCCCAUGUCAGUAUCAUGUGAACAUUCCAAUGCCUUUGAAAGAGAUUGUGGGGCGGCAGGUAGUCUAGCGGUUAAUGGCGUUGGGUCAGUAACCGGAAUGUUGCUGGUUGGAAUCCCAGAGCCAACUAGGUGAAACAUAUGUCUGUGCCCUUGGAGCAAAGCACUUAUUGCUCCUGUAAGUCGCUCUGGAUAAGAGUGUCUGCUAAAUGAAAAAAAUGUAAUUGUGCUUUAGUCACAUUUGUUUUGUUAUUUUGACAGUGAUGUCUGCAUGUUACACUUGUGAGGGUGAUAAGUUGUAUCUCAUGUCCAUAAUAAUGUUUGUGAUAACAUUUGAUGGGUACUAUUUUAUACUGCAACUGCUGUAUGAAGGAUGUCAAGCAGAAAUGUUGAGGACUGUUCUCUGGCCGAUUAUUCGUUUUUAAUUGAGACAUUAAGCUGUUGAAAUGUAAAUGUUCCUGGAGUGAACAAUGUGAAGGACAAAUGGUACUGUGUAAGGCCAAAUUAACAGUAGUACCUAAUGUGAAUUCACCUCAAUCUUCUAAAAUGGUGCAUCUUAAUCCCAGAUUUAACCAUGUGUGACUAACCAUGUUAUAGCAAGGCUUUCAGGCCCUUGAUUCCCUCUGCAUUAUGCCUUUAAGUCAAGAGUUUUAUACAACAUCUCUUAUCCAAACAAAUGCUCAGAGAUCCAAUUGAUAUUCAUCUUCACAUUGUUUGUAGUUGUCUCUGGGUAGAACACUGCAAUGAUGGAUUUUUUUCAAUUGAUUAAGAAAGUGGGUAGAUGGAGAGGUGUUAGAAGAUUGGAAAGCCCGUUGUUCACAAGCGCAAGGCAAGCAGCAUUGAGAUCUGAGUGUUUAUGCAGUUUAGCUGUAAAAAUAAAGACCACAUUUUACCUAAA